AUGGCGACUAAAACAAGCAAAGAAAGUGCUCCUCCUUUUGAUUGUCCAACAUGGGCAGGCAAGCCGCCCCAGGGGCUCCAUUUAGACGUCAUGAAGGGAGACAAACUGAUGGAGAAACUGAUCAUAGAUGAAAAGAAGUACUACUUGUUUGGAAGGAACCCCGACUGGUGUGACUUCACCAUCGACCAUCAGUCAUGCUCACGUGUCCACGCUGCUCUGGUCUACCACAAACACCUGAAAAGAGUCUUUCUCAUAGACCUCAACAGCACACACGGUACUUUCCUUGGACACAUCCGCCUGGAGGCACACAAGCCUCAGCAAGUUCCCAUAGACUCUACAAUAUCUUUUGGUGCCUCAACGCGGACCUACACCAUCAGAGAGAAACCCCAAACCCAAGGCACCGCAGGCACGGGAGACAGUAAGACAGGAGAGGAUGAGGAGCUGAAAGGUCUGCUUGGGCUUCCAGAGGAAGAGACAGAGCUGGAGAACCUGACAGAGUUCAACACAGCUCACAACAAGCGCAUCUCCCUGCUCACCAUUGAGGAGGGUAAUCUGGAAAUCCAGAGGCCUAAGAGGAAACGGAGGAACUCCAGGGUUACCUUCAAUGAGGAGGACUCCAUCAUUAACCCAGAGGAUAUAGACCCCUCGGUGGGACGGUUUAGAAACAUGGUGCAGACUGCUGUCAUCCCCAUCAAGAAACGCAGAUCAGAGGGCCACAACACUCUGGGUCUUGAAGACGUGACUUCAAAGCGCAUCCAUGGCUACAGCUUAAGCAGCGGCCUCUAUGGGGACUUGCCUCCCACCAGUCAUGAGAACCAGCCAACAGGAGCUCCAGGAGGCGCUGCUAUGCAGGGAGGGCUUCCUCUGCCCUUCCCCAAUCCAGCACCAGAGGUGGACCUGGCCCCAGAGGCUCCCCAGCCCCCUGUCACACUCAACCCCACCCCCGUCACAGCCCCCUAUCUACCAGAGACCCACAACGAGCCACGCAAAAAGAAGUAUGCCAAAGAGGCUUGGCCGGGAAAGAAACCCACCCCUUCACUACUCAUCUAACAAGUUUCUUAAAGCUGCUGACUCUCAGGUUACCAGCAGAUACAUCAGGGACUGUGACCUGGCAGAGGUGGAGUCAUUGACCGACUCAAACUUCAUUUUUUUUAUUACUUGUUGUGUUACUCAUUGUCAUCACAAAAAAAAGGCACCACACAACGUCCUUGUGGUCUGUCAUCUACGUUGCUAGCACAAGUCAGCAGUUGAUAAAUUGACCAGUAUACAGCAGAAACGUGUGAACUGGAAACACAAUUAUCAUUCAUUUACAAGACUUUGCAGUUAGUAUUUGAACCUCAGAGUGGCAGUUAGAUGUUUGUCUGCAAGUGACAGGCUACAUGGAUACGAUGGGUCAUUAGCUAUGUUUUGGAUGUAAAGUUGGAUUUUUUUUUUUACUAAACGAGUUUCAAUCUUUCUUUUUCACUCCUUCAGUGUUUUGAUAAUGCUAUUAAACAAAUGGCAAAAAAAGUACUUUUAUAUAAAAUAUUUUACUGUGAGAAAAGUCAGAGAAUCCACACAUGAAGUCAGUUUCUAUCAAAACACAGGGCUGCUUUUUAUUAAUACAAUGUGAAACAUUUCCGUUAUGUGUUAGAUCAGUAUGACAUCAACUGAAGUGUCUUGUAAUUGUCCAGUUAGCCACUAGAUGGUGACUUGUGCACAAUGGUCGGAUAGUUUUCAAUGAAGUUUAACUGCAGACUUUAUCAUCGUUUAUGGCCUAUUGAACUGACCAUAACCAUGUCCUUAUCUAUGUGUGGCAUCCAAUGAAAGUGCUGCUGCAAGCCUCUUGUUACUCAUUUGGAUCUUUCUGCAGAUAAAAGCCAUUUAGCCUGCCUAACAGUGCGUUGAUCAUUGGCUUUUCCCAGUAUGUUAUGUUUUGAAUAGUUUGUUGCCCUUUUUCCCAGCACAAGUGUACAAUAAAUACAAAUAUUUUACAGUUUUCUGCUUUGGAAAUUAGUUGGACUUAAGUAGUAACCGAAAAAAAAAAGCAGAAUUGAAACCACAGCACAGUAACAGAAAUCAAUUUUGCAGCAAAAAACCUCACAAAAACGGUAGGUUUGGUUUUAGUAUGUUUUAAUGGUCAUGUAGCCUGUUAACAUUUUCACAUGCAACAGAGUACAGUGCAGCUUAUGCAGCCAACUGUUCAUAUUUAGUUUGCCCUGAACUGACUUGAGAAAUAGGAACUGUAUUUGCACAGUAGCAGAAAAUCCUAGGUAGCCAUGUCAAACUGGCGGAACACUGUAAUUGGCUUAUAUAGAGUGUACUCCAAGUGUUAAGGUCCUAUGAAAUGGUAUUCUUACUUUUUGGGGACGACAUUUUUGCUUCGAUUCGGAGGUAAAAUGGUAGAGAGGGGACAGGAAAUGAAGGGAGAGAGCGAGAGGGGGGGAAGGGACCUGCAACAUCAAAUGCCUACACACCAACAACAUUGUGGUCACAGAAUAUGGUAUGCACUUUAACCACAGGCUACCACGACUUCACAUGCUGUGGAGACAUUAGACCAUAAGUCUAAUGUCUCAAGAGCGUUCCUGUAAAAAGGCAGGUUGAGUUGUUAGAACAUGCAGAAAUAUCAGAUGGCCUUAAUGGUUUCAUUUUUAUUUUAGUUCUCCUUUGGUACAGUAUGAGGUAACCACUAAGAUGCUCCGUUCAAGGGUCCAUUUCAUGGGACCUUUUUAUAAAUAAAAGGUUUGAGAUCAUACAUAAACAAAAAGAUGAAGUGUUUCACUUUUACAAACUGUGCUGGUGACUUUUUGUCAUUGUGGGAGUGUGGAUUUUGUAAUCAUAUGACUGUAAAUAAAAAAUGAAUUACUUUUGACUCAUAA